AAGAAAACGUAUAAAAAGUCACAAAAGAAAGAAAACCUCGUCGGACGUUGGCGUUUACUCUUCCACGAGGACGACGAAGAGAAGAAUCGACCCAAGAUCAACAAUCGAAAACAUGGUGAAAUUCGACUCCGCAUCCAUCUCUCCUAAUUUGGUACUCCUUGAAUGUGUUGGUGAUUCUGAUUUGUUUUUCUUAAUACAAAUAUAUGAAACCAGGUGUGCUUAGCUUGUUUGUUGCCGCUGUUCCUGGUGCCAAUCGUGAAUUUGCUGCCCGUCCUCUUCGAUUUCAUUAUGGCACGGUUCUAUAGAUUAAUGGGUUGGGAAUAUCGGAAACCGGAGAGGGCACCUCCAGCUUGUCCUUACAAGCCUUCUGCAAACCAGCUCAAUAGCAAUUCUGUUUCAACAUCAGAUCCUGUUGCCGCAGAUAAUGUCCAUAAAACAGUACCUCUUGAUGAGAGCAAGAAAGAUUAAUGUCUGAUAUAAUUUGUAACGAUGGAGUAUAUGGUAUGUUAUGAUUUAGAUAAAUAAUUGUUUCAUAACUGUUAUUGAGCAAAAUUUCAUGGACUUUCUUGUUGAUGAAGGCUAUUGAGGUGUAAAAGUGUGAUUUAAGCCUGUAAAGGAUGGAUUCUUCUAUUACUUGUUUGUUGUGACUGGAAGGUUUAUUAUUCCACUUAGGGAAAACUCAUAUGAACAGCUAUUAGAUGCCAUUUGAUUUGAAGCAUGGUUAAAUUGGUAAUAGAUGGGUGCAUGCAUCCAUGGUACCUUAAGAGCCUGGUUUACUUUUUGCUGAAGUUGAUGGGUCGCGGUGUUGGUGUUGAAUGAGUUAGAUGCAUAACUGUACUACAAGGCACUUAUGAUUUCGACUCCGGCUUUUGGCUACUUCACAUCAGUUUUCCUAAGUCAUUGAAUUUGGAACUGUUUCUAUAAUUGGGUGUUUGGUUAGCUUUCAUUCUUUCAAAUGAAGGCCAGCAGACGGUUUGUACUAGACUACUAAUCAAUCAUUUUAAAAGUUUGGUUAAAAAUAUGCCAUGUCUCAGUUACAAUUCAUUUUCUAGUCCUUUUUUUUUUUGUAAUGCAGAAAACACGGGCUUUUUUUAUGUUUUCAUCAAACCGUAGAUUUUGAGCUCUGCAAAGUGAUAUCAUUUUUCAAUAGCUGCUAUUUGUCAAAUAAAUGAAUUAUAGAAACUAUCUUAAUUCCUUGGCAGCCAUUGUAGAAUUGAGAAUUCCAACCUUAGUUUGUGUUGCUUCUCUCACAGUCUCACUUUGAAACUAUAGCUCCUUUGAUUGAUUUUUAGAAUAUUUUUUCUUACGAAAUAUAGCAGAUGAAACUUGCUAAAAGGCCAAAAAUUCUUGUGUUGAUGUGUGAAAAUCUAUUUAUGGUCUUCCCUUUAGCCAUCUUUUUUCCGACAUACAUUGUUAGCUCGCUCGAUAAGUUUGUAAUGACUCCAUUCUGCAAUCUGGGGCUAGCAUGAUUUUAGUUGAACGUUAUAGCUAGAACUUUAUAGAGUAUAAAGUGAACUAGUUGCCUUCCAAUAAGUAUUCAUACUGCAUAUUGCACUUGUACUGCUUCUUGCUGGUAUCUAAAGAGAAGUUUUUGAGUUUUCUACGGGGUAGCUUUUUCCCUUUCAUUGUACAACUUUUUCCUAGCAUCUAAAUAAAUUACUGAAAAGUGGAUCCAUUAAGGAUAUAGUGGCUGCAUCAAUUUUCAAGGUGCGUCACUGGUGAUGUGUUUUACCUGACCUCCUGGAAGUGGUAAUGUUCUGCUAUAAGGAGCUAUGUAAAUAGUUGCUAACUUUAACCCUGCUCAUGAGGAAGAGUUACUCAUUAGAUCGAAUCUGAGUAAACCUGUUUAACGUUUAAUUUUACGCCAAACAAUAUUGCAGCAGUAGUAUACUACUAGUUGAUGUUGAUCUCCAUUAUGCAUUACUUUAUUCUGAAAUUGUUUGAAGUUGAAGAAAGACCAUCAGACGGUCGGAUAGCCAGUAAUAUGUCGCUUUCGUGCUCGAGUAUUUUUUAUUGCCCCUGGUUAAAGUCUUGGUCAAUAGGUUACAUUUGCUGGUAACUUCCAUUUAGAGUGUAUCAGUUGGAGGGUGACAAAGCCAUUUUGUCCUUUGAACUUAUUUUUUUCCCAUACUUUUGGUUUCCACUAUAUAUUUUAAGGCAACUUGUUAUAGUAUUUAUUUAUACUUUUCGCCCGGUAGCAUCAACUGGGGGGAUAUUCAAGUAUCUCACAAUUUCCACAUUCAAACCCACCCAGAAUUCCCAAGAUUUUAGUAAUCCUUUGUUUAUACUUUUUAACCUGGGGUCACUUCCAUGCUUCACUGAUAACGUGUGAUUCAUAUCUCAACGAUUCAUGGUGAAUUUAUUAAUUGAAUGAUUACGAUGUUUGGUCCCUUCCCAGCUAGCUAGUUGUCGUUCUCAUGCCUGUGUCCUUUGCUUUUCCUCUGGGUUUCCUUAACCAACUCUUUUUUUUUUUUUUUUUUGGUGGUUUUGAAAUGGAAUCUGAACCUGUUCCCAUUGAAGGAUACUAGGUGGUGUAUGUAGUAGUAGUAGUAGUAGUAGAAGUAUCAACGACGAAAUCUUAAACAAAGACUUUUCACUUGCAAAGCAGUCCAUGAAAAUUGUUUUCCAAGUUUCGGAUUUCAAUUAGUUCUUUCAAACCUUAAAAAGUUAGCUGGCUGUUGGCCCUUUUGAAGUCUCAGCCAUUUAAGUCAGCAAAGUUAGGUUCAGGCUCGGCAGCCUGAAUUACUAGUACGCUAGUAUCUUUAUUAUGAUGUGAGACGCUCAGUUGAUGUGUCAUCAAACUGUUGGUUACAUGAUAGUACAUUUUAAAACUUCAAUGGCAUACGAAGCUGUGUAUAAUUCACCCAAAGUAUGGUAUUUUGGUUAAACAGGCAACGUUGCUACCAUUUUUACGGUGGUACUUCUAAAAUGGGGAUUAUUGUUGGUGGAGAGAUGGGUAAUGGAGGGAAGAAGUGGGUGAUUACGUUGUUCACAAUCUGGUAUCCAUUGGCCAAUCAGUGUUGCGGAGUAUCUUGGUCAUAAGAUACUUUUGAUUCCAUGUGCUACACGAAAAUUGGCCAUUUGAGCUUGUAACUACAUUACCAUCAAAGAGAUC